UACAACACACCGUCAGCUACGUGGAAUUGACAAAAACUAAAUUUAGAAUAAUAAAGGCCGUAUAUUGGAAAAAUGGCAAUAAACACCACAUCGGCGUGAUUCUUAAUCGCCAGCGUAUUAGUGUAAAAGUCAAGGAAACAAUAGAUUAACAAAUAGUAGGAGAAAUAAAAAACAAAGUGUUGAGAAAGUUUCCUGGAGUCAAAGUUGUGCACAGGUGCACACGGUAGAGCGCAUCAGCAAAGAUAUGUAUGCUAUUGUAAAUUUUCUAUGAAGAUAGCAUUGUGGAAAAUUCGGGAAUCGAAUUGUGGAUAAUAUGCCAUUAUGUAAUUCAGUUAAUUGAUCAUCAAUACGUGCACCGUUAACCACGCUUCUCGCGUAUUGCUAUUUAAACAAAUAAAUUUGCCUUUAAGCCUUUACUUCAUAUCUCUUUAAUUGGAAACAUCACCGACUAACAUGGAUUCGUUGUUGUUCCUGACGGCUGCGGCGCAUCUGUUCUACACACCAUUCACCAAAGUGGAGGAGAGUUUUAAUUUACAAGCUAUGCAUGAUAUACUUUAUUUGAGACAAAACUUUACGCAGUAUGAUCAUCAUGAUUUCCCCGGUGUGGUACCGCGCACCUUUCUCGGACCGCUUGUUAUCUCCAUAUUGUCCACACCGUUUGUGAUACUUUUUGAAACACUCAGCAUGAAUAAAUUUUGGGCGCAGUAUGUUGUUCGUUUAGUGUUAGCCGCUGUGGUAACUGCUUCGUGGCACAAUUUCCGUCGUGUGAUAAGCAAACAGUUCGGCACUGACGUGCGCCUCUGGUUUACUAUCAUCACAUUGACCCAGUUUCAUUUCAUAUUCUAUAUGAGUCGACCAUUGCCUAAUGUUAUAGCAUUGCCUGUAGUGUUGUAUGCUCUGGGCUUUUGGUUAGAAGGUCAAACGAAACCCUUCAUUAUAUGUUCUGGCAUCGCAAUAUUGAUAUUUCGUUCCGAACUUUUAAUAUUCUUAGGCCUUCUGCUAGCAUAUGAUGUGUUUUUUCGCAAAGUUACUAUAUCCAGCGUACUAAAAAUAGCAUUACCCGCAGGUUUAGCUAUUUUGGUCACAACAAUUGUUUUGGACUCGUUUUUCUGGCGCCGUCUCUUGUGGCCGGAGGGUGAAGUGCUGUGGUACAACACUAUAUUGAAUAAAAGCUCCGAUUGGGGUACUUCUCCGUUCUUAUGGUAUUUCUAUUCAGCAUUUCCACGCGCACUCGGCGCUUCAGUUGUUCUGGUGCCAAUAGGUGUUUGUUUGGAACGACGUAUACGUCCACUAGUGCUUGCGGCCUUGGCAUUUGUGCUUAUCUACUCAAUACUGCCGCACAAAGAGUUGCGCUUUAUUGUUUACGUGUUCCCUGUGCUGAAUUUGGCGGCUGCUUGUGCCUGUUGCCGAUUCUGGCUAAAUAGCGGGAAAUCUGUGUGGCACCAAAUACUGGCACUUGGUGCUGGUGCGCAUUUAUUAAUUAAUAUACUUAUAACGGUAUUCCUUUUGGUUGUAUCGAGUACCAACUAUCCAGGUGGUGUGGCAUUAACUCGUCUGCAUCGUCUGGAAGCACAAACGCCUAAUGUAUCCGUGCAUAUAGCAAAUUUAGCGGCACAAAGUGGAGUCUCAAGAUUUUUACAAGUCCGCGAUGACUGGCACUAUUGUAAAAACGAAUCGAUAACUUAUGAUGCUGAGCAGACGCGUUAUUACACACAUCUCCUGGUGGAAGCAAAGAAUAAAAACAAUGUGCAACUUUGGUCCACACUGCAGAAAGAAUUUGAAAUUGUAGAGUUUGUCGAUUGCUUCAAUAAUAUUGGCAUACAAUAUAGCUCAUUAGUGCCAAUUCGUAUUAAAACCAAACCAUGUUUAGCUAUAUUAAAGAGAAUAAAACCUGCUGUUGAUGUCGAAACUAAAAUAAAGACGAAAGGCGAGAAAAAAGCGAAAAAGAAAAGUAAAAAGUCAAACGAAAUCGAAACCGUGGAAAUGAUUCUUAACGAAGUUGUAGAAGAUAUAAAAGACACUGAAAUGCCAAAAGACUUGCACAGCAUAGAAAAGGCCCUAGAUGAAACUAUAGAAGACCCACAACAAUUCGUAGAAGAAGACAAAACCACACUGAACGAUAAAAUAGAUGCAAAGGCUUCGCUGGAGGACGGUUAUGUAGAGGACUGGACAUUAGAAGUUGUAGAUGAUGAAACAUUCGAACAACCAAUUGAAAUUCAAAAGUCAGAAAUGCAACCGCCUAGCGCUGAAAAACCUAUCAAAGUGCACGAAGCUGUAGAAACAUCGGCCCAGAAGUCCGACACUGACAUACAAUCAGAGGAAACUUCCGAGCAGCAAACAAAAGAUAUAAACUUCCAUGAGCUGCAUAAUCUGGCGCUGGGCAAGGUGAAUCGCAAAACUUUGGCAACAAAACAAAAGAUACGCCAAUUAAUCGAACAGCAUUAUCGUGCGAAGGGACGCCACGUUGAAAGCUCCGCCGAAAAGGUUGAUAAACGUCCCGCCACGGCAGCGCGCCAAACAGUUAAGUCCAUUAUAAAGCAAGAACGCAUUAAGGAGAUGAUCGAACAGAUCGCCACAAUGGAUCUGACGCGCAUUUGCGAUCUGGAUCAUAUUUCUACCAAAGACUGUCUAAAGCAGGUUAUCGAUAAACUGGACGCCGAUGAUAAGUCAGCGCACAGUAAUUGAAAAAGUGUAAAAUUUUUGUUUUAAAUUAAGGAGAGUUGUUUGCUAGCAUAAUGAGUGUUCGCUUUCUCAUUUUUAUAUUUAUGUAAAAUAAGUUAAUGU